UCCCUCACCUCACGUGAGAAGGUUCCUGUGGUCCAGCUUGGCUGACAUCUGGGUGACACCCACUGGGAGGGGUGAGGUGACCUUUGGUGACUUGGCUGUGGAGCUGGUGACAGAUGAAGAGCUGGUCAGUGUUUGUAGCAGCACUGCUGCUGCUCCCCAGCAUCCGAUCAGUUUGUCCAGAUAAGGAGGCAGGACUGCAGCCAUGGAUGCCGGGCCACAGUGAAGAGCACCGUGUUGUGAUUGGUUAUGGCAAGAAGGUUCUCCUCACAUCCUCAGCCACCGUUCACUCCAUUGAAAUCCACAGUGGAGGAAAGUUGGUGAUCGCUGACACCCGUUGGUCCAUCCUUCUUCGAGCCAAACACAUUCUGGUUGGGAACAGAGGAGAGCUGCACAUUGGAAGCGCUGACUGUCCGUAUAAAGGCGACCUCACCAUCUCCUUAUUCGGGAGGUUGGAUGACACCGAUCAGGACCACAGCUACUUUGGUCGCAAAUACAUUGGCAUAGGGACAGGAGGGAUCUUAGAAGUCCACGGACAGAAGAAGCUGUCGUGGACUUUCCUCAAUAAGACACUGCACGCUGGAGAGAGCACCCAGAACAGCUACCAAUUUAAGAGAAGCUGGGGCAACCGAGGCAUCAUCAUCCACAUUAUUGAACCCAGGACUGGAGAGGUGCUGCAGUCUGACAGGUUUGACACAUACCGCAGUAAGAAUGAGAGCCAGCGCCUCGCUCAUUAUGUGGACGGAGUGGAAUCAGGGCUAAUACUGGCCAUGAUGGUUAAUGAUGAGGGUUCCAACAACCUGGAGGACUCAGCCAAGAGGAGCCUGUCCAGGCUGGGCAGCCAGCACAUCAGCAGUCUGGGCUUUCGUCAUCCCUGGACGCUGAUUGCUAUCAAAGGUGACGUCUCCACCAUUGUAGAGGAUCACUCUGUUUAUCAAGGGACCAGAGCCUCCUCUGAGGCCCACAGCUCCCAUGUUUUCCAGACGGGAUCCAAUGAACACUUUAACAUCACCGUCAGCAGCCAGUGGGUACAAGAGGCUGAGUGGACUGAAUGGUUUGACAGGGAUGAUGAGAGGGGAUCAGGAGACUGGGAGAAACUGUCUGACCUGCACCAGUCCUACCCAGACCGGCUGUGCACAUAUCCGUUGGACAUCCAGGCUGAAACGCUCGAUGGGGUGCCGUUUAAUCAGACCGGAGACGUGAUCCACAAGAAUGACAAAGACUACGGCUUUGUCUGCCUCAACAAGGAUCAGGCUCAUGGACUGUGUCACAACUACAGGGUUCGAUUCCUCUGCGGGAAGCUGGUUCGUCCACAGGCCACCGUAUCUAUUGACAUGUUGACCAACAGCAGUACUCUGGAGCUCGCUGACCCAGCAGAAGGCUGGAGACCUGGGGAUUGGGUGGUGGUGGCCAGUACGGACUAUUCGAUGCACCAGGCUGAAGAGUUCACACUACUGCCUUGCCCCGCCUGCACACCCUACCAAGUCAAAGUCCAAGGUCGUGCUGCGUUUGUCCACAUGGGUGAGCACGUGGACGGGGUGGACAUGCGAGCAGAAGUGGGCCUGCUGACUCGGAACAUCCUGUUUCGUGGUGAAAUGCAGCUUGGUUGCUAUGGCAAUGAAGCCUGUAAAUUCUUUGACUUCGACACAUUCGGAGGACACCUGAAGGUGGAGCGAGGUUUCAAGGCGUGUCACAUAUCUGGAGUGGAGCUGCAGCACAUGGGCCAGCAGACCAUGGGACACUAUCCAAUCCACUUCCACAUGAACGGGGAUGUGGACGAGAGGGGGGGCUAUGACCCCCCGACCUCUGUCAGUCAUCUGUCCAUACACCACUCCUUUUCUCGCUGUGUGACCAUCCAUGGAUCCAACGGCCUGCUGGUGAAGGAUGUGGUGGGCUACGACACACUGGGCCACUGCUUCUUCACCGAGGAUGGUCCAGAAGAGAGGAACACCUUUGACCACUGUCUGGGUCUGCUGGUCCGAGCUGGAACCCUGCUGCCGUCAGACCGAGACAGUAACAUGUGUCGCCACAUCACUGAGGGGGUGUAUCCAGGCUACGUGGCCAACCCACGCCAAGACUGCAGCGCCACUUCCACUUUCUGGAUCGCCAACCCCAACAACAACCUGAUGAACUGUGCAGCUGCAGGCUCUGAGGAGACGGGGUUCUGGUUCAUCUUCCACCACAUUCCCACCGGACCCUCUGAGGGCUUCUACUCAGCCGGACACACUGAGCACAUGCCGAUGGGCCGAUUCACCAACAACAGAGCACAUUCCAACUUUAGGGCUGGAAUGAUCCUUGAUAAUGGAGUGAAGACCACCCAGGCCAACAACAAGGACAAGAGACCCUUCUUGUCUCUUGUUGGAUCCAGGUACGGCCCCCACCAAGACGCUGAUCCCUUCAAACCCAGAGUUCCUGCUCUCAUUCACCACUUUGUGGCGUACAAGAACCAGGACCACGGAGCGUGGCUGAGGGGAGGAGAUGUCUGGCUGGACAGCUGCCAAUUUGCUGAUAACGGCAUCGGCCUCACACUGGCAAGUGGUGGCACCUUUCCAGAUGAUGACGGGUCUCAUCAACAGGUGAAGAACUCGCUCUUUGUGGGUGAAAGCAAGAAUCAUGGGAUGCCCCUCCCCAACAGUCCAGUAUGGGGACGCGGAGGUGCUGACCUCACUGACAGGACCCUCCCACAUGGCAUUGAUUUCCCCAUCCGUGGCAUGCAGAUCUAUGAUGGGCCCAUCAAUGUCCAGAACUGCACAUUUCGUAAAUACGCAGCACUGGAUGGACGACACACCAGCGCCUUUGGCUUCAGGCUCAACAACUCUUGGCAGAGCUGUCCCAACAACAAUGUCAGUGACAUCACCUUUGACAGCGUCCCCAUAACCUCUCGGGUCUUUUUUGGGGAACCUGGUCCCUGGUUUAACAAGAUGCAGAUGGACGGAGACAAAACAACAAUAUUCCAUGACACUGACGGCUCAGUGAGCGAAUAUCCUGGAGCCUUCCUGGUCAAAGAGGACAACUGGCUGCUCCGCCACCCAGACUGCAUCGAUGUGCCCGACUGGAGAGCGGCAGUCUGCAGCGGGCGCUAUGCACAAAUCUACAUCCAGACACGUAACCCCGCCAACCUGAACAUGCAGAUCGUGAGGGACGAGUACCCCGAGCGACCCCUGACCCUGGAGGGUGCCCUGGGAAAGAAGAAGCACUACCAGCAGUUCCAGCCUGUCAUCACGCUGGCCAAGGGCUACACCGUCCACUGGGACCAGGCGGCACCAGCCGAGGUCACAAUCUGGCUCAUCAACUUCAACAAAAACGACUGGAUCAGGGUGGGACUGUGCUACCCCCAAAACACAACCUUCACCAUCAUCUCCGACAUCCACAACCGCCUGACAAAACAGACAUGCAAAACUGGAGUCUUCAUGAGGACCACACAGAUGGACAAGGUGGACAGCUCCAACCCAGCCAGAGGCUACUACUACUGGGAGAAAGACACCGGCCUGUUGUUCCUGAAGCUAAAAGCCCACAACAACAGGGAUGAGUUCGCCUUCUGUUCUGUUAAAGGCUGUGAAAGGGUGAAGAUCACAGCCGUCAUCCCUAAAGGGAGUCUGCCGAGCAACUGCAUGGCCCAGGCCUAUCCCAGACAUGCCGAGAUUCCCGUGGUGGACGUGCCCAUGCCCAGAAAGCUUCCAAAUGCCAGGCUGGACUUCCUGGAAGUUCGGCUGGAGUCCUACAGCACUCGAUUCUUCCACAUCAAGGAGGACUUUGCCUUCACAGAGGUGAAUAACAGGAAGGUGUACCAGGCAGAAGACGGACUGCAGCUGACAGUAAUUGAUGGGCACAAUGGGAAGGUGCUGGACAGCAAAGGCUUCAGGAAAACCAUCCUCCAGGGCAUUCCUGCUCAGAUUGACAGUUACGUCAGUGGACUACCAGAGGGGUCAGUCGUCCUCAUGACGUCGAAAGGCCGUCUACUGACCAAAGGACUGUGGGUAAAAGUCCUGGAGAGACUUGGAGCAGACAAAAGCAUCAAACUGAAAGAUAAACUGGUGUUCGUGGGGUUCAAAGGUUCCUUCCAGCCUGACUGGGUCCAUCUGCAGGUGGACGGCGACCGAGCAAAGAUCCAUCAGGUGCUGCCCAUCCCCGUGGUCCACAAGGAGAAACUCUGAGAGUCUGAUGGAGACCACAGCACCAUAAACACACUGCACACACGUACACAUGCACACACACACACAGAGGCUCGCUCUGCUCACAUG